AUGAAUGGCAUGGUAGACAACGGAGGCGAGAUCGAUCUGUUCGACGAUGAAGACGAUUUCGAUAAUUUGUCCGAGUCCGCUCUUCAAGAACUUGAACACAAUGCCAUCCUAUCCCAACGGCAGAGGCUUGUCCAGGCCAAUGCUUUACCGAAGCCUGUAUUCCAUCCAAGACCUCGAUCGAACCUCGCUACCCACCUCCUAAACCCCACGGAGAACUACUUUGAAGAUGAUAGCUUUGAACUCGUCGGAGAUGAAGGAGUUGCAACCCCGGUCGAGGAAUACGAGGCCUUGCCGUCGCGACCACAAAUGCGUGAUGAAACUGCACAGCGAGAACAGUUUCGACAACAACGCUAUGGAGAGAGCCACUCGAGGCCUGCUCACAUUGCGGAUAGACUACAGACACAAAACCAAAGGGCACCAGUCCAACCCCUACCCUCCGACGGUCGUUAUCAUGGUGUGCCCACGAUUCCAGAUCAAAUGGUCCUGGAUGGGCCAUCUCAGCGCGUGAACAUGCCUCAAGUUUGUGGAUCUACACCGUUUCCACCUCGCCUCGAAGAUGUGCUGAGAGAACGGGAACAACUUGCGAAAGAUCUACGAGCCGCUAAUGAUGCGGUCUCAAUGCAAAAGGGCGAAAUAUCGAUCAUUCGUGCCAACGCUGAGAAGGAGAAUAAGAUCUUCGACCGCCAGAUAACUUCCCUUAAGAAGUCCAUCGAGGAGGAAGCCACCAAGCACAAAGCUGCAAUGGAUGCCAUCAGCGAAAAAAACAGACAACUAACCACUCGUUAUCAGUUUCUGCAGCAAGAGCAUAAUCAGGAAGUCCAAAAUAUCAAGGCUCUGAAACAGCGCCUGAAAGGUCGCCCUGAAGCAGAGCAGCAAUCCAAUAUCAAUUCAACUCCGAAGCGAGGUAUGGCAGGUUUCUUGAGGGAUGGAUUCGACGACGACGACGUCAUGCUUUUGUCACCUUCAAAAUCUGCUCGAAGAUCCAAGCCAAGUACUCCAGCAGCCGCGAACAAGAGAAAAAGGAAGGCCGGUGGUACGAGUCCAGUCAAAGCACUUCCUUUGAGAUUAUCCGGGGCUGCACCUCCUGAGAUCUCACCCUUACGGCCAUCAGUUGCUCAGCCAGACAUUCGACCAGCAAUAGUCAUACGGAAGGACCCUGAAGCAGAGAGAGACUUGCGAUUCUUACAAAGCAUACUUGAUUAUCGCGUCAAGAUAUCUAGAGAAAUACUUCUUGAAAGCUUGAUGAAGUUUUCGCUUCCUUCGAAGCCUUCAAAGACUUUUUCAAACAUCCUUCUCGAAGGCAUCGCACAAUUGAGCGGCAAACGUGUCGCGUAUGGACUCUUGCAGAUUUUCAUUGACCUUUGGUUUCGAUCGAUCAAGGAUCAAUACUAUCUUCCCAUAUGCCUGCUACAAGAGCUUGUGAGCUAUAUCUUGGAUGUGGAGAUGUUUGUGUUAGAUAAAGAGAUUAUCACCAAUUUGGUACCCUUGUUACAAGCCUCGAUAUCGCUCAACGCCGAAAAACGCUUCAAGCAUUCUCCUGUCAGUCAAUCUUCGUUUGGAAAGUUCCGUGCCACACCGCAAUCCGUCUUGAUCCACGAAGUCAACGGAACUGCCUGUCUUGAUUUGCUGCUCACAGUAGCAUAUACCAUCUCUGACGAACCUGAGCUGAUUGACCACUUCUGGCGCUUGAUGGAUCCGGAAUUUGUCCUCAUGAUGCUUAACGCAUGGCAGCCUAUAUCAGAUAUUACACUUAAUCUUCGCCUUCUGGCGACUUCUAUCUUCCCCAACACCUUCGGCAGCAUUGCCAGCACGCCCGAAGAGCAAGAAAAGAUCGAACACUGGAUUGUCAAUCGCGUCUGCUGGCUAUUAUGGGAAACACCCAAAGUCGAUGAAGGUCUGCCACCUUACACACCAAACCAACUCUGUCAACUCCGUCUCGAAGUUGUGGAUUUAUUGACUGAAAUUGCCAUCACCUCAUCACCUUACCCACACGAUGAAGCCAAUCACCACGGAAGCCUGCUCAUCGCCUCAGACACGCACGCCAUCGCGCGCAUCGUACGCUCCCUCUACGACGAAGUCGCAGCAAUGUACCUCCUCACCCCGACCCACGCACUGCACGCAGAAAUUGUCAAUCGGGGAAUUCGUGUAUUUCACCACGUGCUCACCAUGCACAGCGCGAACAUCGACUUGCAGGAGAAGCUCUCACUCAUCAAUGGAGGCGUGCAUAAACACCGCGUGGUUCUGACACGCCUGGCGUUCAGCCAGGGCUUCUAUGUCGAUAGACUGAUCACCGACGACACGGUCGCGAUGGCAACGAGCUUGCUGGAGGAGAGUGUCACGCCAUAUGAGGCAGACGAGCUCAUCGAGGCCUUCCCCGGAUUUAAGGGGAGAAGCAGUCAGAUUCACACUGAGCCCAUGGAAUUCGAGGAUAUUUGA